UUUGGAGAAGUUUGAAGACAAAAUGUGUAAAGUGAUUUAUUGCUUAGUUUUAUUCAAUUAUUUAGGAUUUUCUGAUGCCAAAAAUAAUGGAACUUUUCCAUCUAACUUUUUAUUUGGAGUAGCAACUUCUUCUUUCCAAAUCGAAGGGGCAUGGAACGAAGAUGGUAAAGGAGAAAGUAUGUGGGAUGAAUUUACACAUCGAGUGCCAUCCCCGAUAAAGAAUAACGACACAGCGGAUAUAGCUUGUGAUUCCUACCAUAAAUAUAAAGAAGACGUUAAACUGGUAGCGGAUCUUGGCGCCGAUUUUUAUAGGUUUUCAAUAUCCUGGCCAAGGAUUCUCCCUACUGGCUAUACCGACAAUAUCAAUCAGAAAGGUAUCCAGUAUUACCAGAAUUUAGUCAAAGAAAUUCUGAAAUACAAUAUGAUACCAAUAGCUACAUUAUAUCACUGGGAACUUCCGCAAACGCUUGUUGCUUCUAAUUUAGACUGGGUCAAUCCUGAUGUUAUUGACAUUUUUGUGAACUACACACGCGUUGUAAUUCAGAAUCUUCCUGAUGUAGGCCUCUGGAUAACCGUAAACGAACCAAAACAGAUCUGUCAUCAUGGCUAUGGUGAGGGUAAGUUUGCUCCAGGAAGAAAUAAUAGCGGUGUGGACGACUAUCAAUGUGACUAUGUUGUACUUAAAGCUCAUGCGGCGGCUUACCAUAUGUAUAAGGAGGAGUUUCCGCACUAUCAAGCUAAAAUGUCAUUAACCAUAGACUGUGAAUGGUAUGAACCAUUAACGAAUUCCAAGGAAGAUAUUAAUGCAGCUAGAAGAAAUAUUGAUUUUGAAUGUGGUUUGUACUCUUAUCCAAUAUACCAUGGUGAUUGGCCUCCAAGCGUGAAAGAACGCGUCAAAUUAAGAAGUGAGCUUGAAGGAUAUAACCGAAGUCGAUUACCAGAAUUUACUCCAGAAGAGAUUAAUUACAUAAAAGGAACUUCUGAUUUGUAUUUGCUGAAUGUUUAUGUUGCGUAUUUAGCUAAAGAUGUACCCGAAGCUCCCAGUAAUAUUACUAGUUUCCGAUCUGAUAUUAAAGCGGAACUCAUUCAAUUUCCAGGAACUAGUGUCGGAGUUAAUGGAUUUCCCAUCGUACCGUGGAGUGUAGAAAAUGUGUUAAAAUUUAUUAAGGACGAAUACAAGGAUCCUGAUAUACUCAUUACAGAAGUAGGCACUUCUGAAGACGGAUCUUCUUUAGAAGAUGAUAUGAGAAUAGACUUUUAUGAAGAAGCAUUUAAUGCAGUCCUCGAAGCUAUGUACAACUACGACGUAAAAGUACUAGGGGUAACAGUAUGGAGUUUAUUGGAUAAUUUAGAAUGGACUGAUGGAUAUGCAGCUCAUUUUGGCCUCUACCAUGUAAACUUUACCCAUCCAAAUCGUACAAGAACUCCAAAAAAAUCAGCACACUAUUAUACACAGGUGAUAAAAACGAAACGUCUAUUAAGAGCUGACAAUGGUUCAAAUUCUAAUAAAAUUUCAGGAUUUAUGGCGACAGUAUUAUUAUUUACAAUUCUGUGGAACAAUUUAUGUAAUUAAUAUU